AGGAAAAGAAAAACAACAAAUAACAAGAUUCCCAAUUUUUGCACAUUAAAAAAAAUUGUUCAUGACAAACAAAAAAUAAACAAAAUAAAACAUACAAUUUUUGUUAUAACAACAAAUUAUAAAUUUAUUAAGAGAGCAUAAUAUAAGAGUAAUGAUAAAUAUUGUCGAAGAGUAAAACAAAUUUCAUGAAAAUAAUGAAUUCAUUAUUUUCACUAAACUCUUUGUUGUUAUUGUAUUCAAAAAGAAAAAUAAACAAAAGAGAAAGAUUUCAAUGUAUACGUACAUAAAAUGUACAAAGUAUGUAUGAAUGUAUGCAUGCAUACAUACAUAAUCUCAGUAGAUGUUUGCAGAUGUAUGAACGAAAUGUACAAAAUGACGAAUCAGAUGUACAAAAAGAAUUUUUGAAAAAAUAUUUGUUGUUUAGUGUCUCUUAAGUAUUCAUUGUGUCUGGAUUGGAUAUUUAUUUUUUAUGCAUAAGAAAUAUUUAAAAAAAAAUUUCCACUGUUGCUUUUUUUUUUUAAAUUUGCACUGUACUUUUUUUUUAAUAUUUGAGUUUUAAAGUCGGAAUAAUAUAAACCAAGUAAAAGACGACAUGAGUGGUGGUGGCAAUCAGGAUUUGGCAAAUAUGAAGAAAUUAUUAAACUCUUGGGAUGUUGGGAUACUUUAUGAGCUGUUUAAAGAAGAAGAUAUUGGCAUUGAUGAACUUAAAAUGAUGCAGCUAAGUCAUAUUAAUCAUUUACUACAAAAUUAUAAAAUCGGUGUACGUAUACGUUUUGAACAUCAUUUCAAUAAUUGGCGACUUAGAAUUGGAUUACCCUUAAAAUCAAUUACUUGUUGCGGUUGUCAUCAUAAAGUAAAUGAUAAUAUGGGUAAUGGUUACGUAGAAUCUGAGAGCUACGAAGAAGUUAUAACCGAUAAUAUUAGCAAUGGUAUUAAUUGGGGUGUUAAGAGAAAAAGACAAAAUGAUGAGACGGCACAUAAUUAUUAUGAUGAAUCUCAGCCGCCAUUAUCGCCACAAUCGAUAAAAUCAGAACAUUCUAUAGUUAAACUAAUGACGAACUCUAAUGAAAGUGAUAAUGUAACUGGUGUAGCUGUUGAAUCUUCUGGAUCACCAACUGUUCAGCACACUAAUAAUACUGAUGAAGAAACUGAAAUUGAAAAUUUAAGUAUAAAUGCUUUAGCCGAUAUGUUAUCCAGUUCUGUAGGUGAUUCACCACCAAAAUUUCCCUCAAAACCAACACAUGACAAAUGUCCCGUUAAUUUAGCAACCAUUUUACAACAGUCCGGCCAACGAGCCCACAGUAUUGUGAGUUUCUAUAAAGAAAAGAAGCGGCUUACGAAUAUACAUCGUGCCCAACUUAUACAGACUAUUGUAGAGUAUUUCGAUGAAAAUGAUUAUCAUUUAUCACUAAAUAUGAGUCACAAUCUAGAAUGGGAAAUAUUGAAAAUGUUUCCUACCGAAAAGCUGGAAUACUAUCGUACAGAAAAACGUGGUAAAAUUUAUGUUAAAUUUUCCAAUAUGAAACGUUAUAAACGUGAACGUAAUAGUAAAGUACGUUCGGAAAUAUUAGAAACGACAAAUCUACGUUCUCGUCAUACGAGAAAUUAUGAUAAUAAUGAAGUGAUAACUGAUGGUCGAAAUGAGGAUAUGAGUAAUUGUGAAUGGCCUACAAUUGCUGAACCAGAAAUUGAGGUGAAAGAGGAAAGCACUUAAGUAAUAGAAAUUAAAAAGUAAAAUAUUAUUGAUUUAAGUGAUAUAAAUACAUACUAAUGUAAUUAAUGUAUUUCUGUAUGGAAAUAAACUAAUGCUUAAAUAGAUUUUUAUUUUAAA